AUGAGUUUCCAGAGCUCUACGGAGUCCCUUCUUUUUAAUUCUUCACGUCAGAAUCCGGAUGGAAAUAGGUUGGAAAGCUCCUCCACAGAAUCGCUUCUCAAUGAUAAUGCACUCAGCAGCUCUACCCAGUCCCUUAUCAACCAGAGCGUCCAAGAAUUGCUUAGCCGCCUGCAUUUCCCAGACACACUAAUCGUCGACUCCGAAUCGCCUGAUAGUACGGUCUCGCCAAUUCUGGUCAGUCCGAAUUCAAUAUCGGCCUUCCCUCCCGAAACAGAGAGAUCUAACUACCAGAACGUCCCAGCGAUCCGCAUGGAGUUAUCUGAGGAGGCUAGUCCUUUGUUAUCAUUACUGUAUAACAGAAUUCAGGUUUUCCUACUACGCAAUAAGUUGUCAUUGGAUUUUCUCAGGAUCUACAAACGAUAUGUUAACUGCCUUCUGGAAAGCGGACUGAAUCCUUUAGAGGACCGCUAUUUUCACCGCCUUCAGAAUGAGUUGAGCGAAAGUUACGAGUUUACGCCUAGAAUGCAAGAAAUUCUUGAUGCGUUUUUGAUCAAUCCUCAGAAUUUAAUUAUGAAGUUGGCCUUAUUUGAACAUAGGAAAAUGGGUAACCUUAUUUGCAGGUAUUUUGAGAAGUGGGAAUGGAAUUGCGAGAUACGAAGAAGUCUCAAUCAGCUAGAGGGCAUCUGGAAAGAAUUCUUGAAGAGAAAAUACCUGCUCUUGUGGUCUAAGAAACGUCAUAUAAUUGUCAUAGACCUUCCUAGUCAAGGAGAAGACUUCAGACACUUUAAUCUAGUAUCCUCUUUAUUUGACAGGUGGCUGGCACGGAUAGAGACCACCGAGGCAAGAAAAGGCCUUGCCGAUCAUUACCUCAUGGACCACGCCUUGCAACGUGUAGUAAAGCGAAUGAAUCACGUAGCAGAUAUGGGCGAACAGGCCGGUCUAAGGUAUGAUGCAGUAUCCAAGAAAGCUGCGUUGAAGCAAUGGCGACUGCGUGCUCGUGAACGCCAUUUCACCACAAGACAAGUGAACUUUAAGCGCUUUUUUUUCUCACGAGCUAAAUUAAAAUUAGCAUUUCACGAGGAAUCAGAACAGCGCGCUGCCUUCACGAGAAGACUGCUGCUAAUGGGCUCGUUCUUUGACGAUUGGCGCUCCCGGUCUUAUAAAGAAAAGGAGCGGCUAAACUCGCUAGCUGUUCUUGAAAGGAAGUUUAUCAAGACUAAGGCUCUGAAAUUCCUUAUAAGGUAUUAUCGGGAGAAAGAACAAGAACUUGUUGCCAGAAGACAGCUGGACUGUAUCUCACGCAAGCUCUUUUUUGAGAAAAUCUGGAAAACUAGGUUCAGAGAGCGUCUUCACUUCUACUCAUUUCAAAAAAUCACUGAGCAACGUUUGUUAAUCAAAUAUAGCCGGGAGUGGCAGACAAGAUUUUUCUCUCGCAUCAAGGCCAGCACUUUUAUUGGAUCUCAGCAGUUAACAAGAUUCUUUCGCACUUGGCAACUGGAAACUCUGUUGUCAAGAUUUAUUUCGUUGAGUGGCAAGCACAUCGCUCGAGCACUAUUCCUGAUGUGGCACGAUCGUUUGAUUGCUCAGAAGAAGGUUAACCAUUUUCAAUCGGAUAGUUUGCGACAAAAAUACUGUCGAAAGUGGAAAGAGAAAUUCAACGUCAUUAAAGAAGCAGAUCGAAAGGCAGAUGUGAUGUAUGCUGUUUCCUCAGUCAGUCAUUCGUUCUAUCAGUGGUCGCAACGAGUUAGAAUAAUAGCGGAGAUGAGUGAUAGGUACAAUAUCUUUAUUGCCUUAAGGGCGAUUUCAAGGCUUAAGCGUGGGAUUUCUCAUAUGAACGAAGUUCAUAGAUUUUGGGAAGUUUCCUGUCGCUCCCCGAUAUCUAAAAUUGUUCUUCUCAGAUUCUUUCGCCAGUGGAAAGAGGCAGCCGCGGCGCGGCGGUCCGAUAAGCUUGAAUUGGUUCUCCAAGUGGUUGAGGAAAGUGUCAGACUAAAUGAUAAAAGGUUCUAUUUGCAACUAUGGAUCCAGAAAACCAACUUCUAUCAAUCCGAAUGUCUCACUAAAGCAAUUCAAGUGUACGAUAGAAAUCUUCAACUAAAGUGCCUCCUGAGAAUAAAUCGAAAAUUAGAAGACAUUCAAGUUCUGUCGAAAAUUGGAGAUGGUUUAAGAACUAAGUCAUUGUCGCUGUAUUUCUUUUAUCGAUGGAGGGAUCAAUAUGAUUACGUCCAAGAGUUACUCGUUAAGCUUGAGACGGAAAACAACAAGAAGAACCUCGCACUUCUGCUAAACUACCUCAACUAUUGGAGCAUGAAAAUUCUAAAGCUUAACAGAAAUGCGGAGACGGUUCAAAUAUUUAGGAAACGAUGGGAUCGUGCUACUGUGAGAGGCUUGAUGCUUUUGUGGAAAAACAAGGCCGAGGAUUCACCAAGGAAGACCGAAUUAACCAGAGUACGACAGCAGCUGCCAUCCAACAGCGGGCUUGUGACCCCAAUAAGAAGAUCUGCUACCAAAAACAACACAAUUCCGGGUUCAGAGGGAGUCAAGCGUUACCGAAUAGAGGCAAUGAAAACUCAUUAUGGCAGAAUCAGAAGAGCAAUACCAAGUCCAAUCAAAUCAUCUACAACCUUGAACUCCUUAGCAAAGAAAAAGAUUAACAGCGAAGUAGACGCUUUCACAUGGAACCCUAGGACCAUUCCACCGCCAAGACUUUCCCUAGAAAGAAUAAACAAGAAUCUGGCUUCCAAAAUCGACAGGAUCAAUUUCGAAAGAAUACCAGAAGCAAGGCUGGAUCCCUUUAUAGACGAGGGCCAGUCUGACCCCAAAGUAGACACAUCCUUUCUUGAAGAAGAACAGGAUAUUGAAUUUGAUGAAUCACCGAUUAGGAGAAUGUGA